UGGGAAUGGAUGGGCACCGAGCGAGAGAGGAAGAGUGAGCGCGUGUAUUCUCAGAGUCAGCAGCGAAGACACAGAAAGUCUACAAGCUCACAUCACCAAGAGAGCGUGCGAGGCAGAGCUGACAGCCAACAGUCACACAGAGGGGGGGGAAAGACAGAGAGAGAGAGAGAGAGGGGGGAGAAGAAGAAGAAGAAGAAGAAAAAGAAGAAGAAGAAGGAGCAGGAGAGAAGAGGACGGAAGACAGACAACCAGCCUCCCACUGGUUUUGCCCUCUCCACUACCCAGUCAUGAUCCCUUGGGUCCUUCUGCUUCUGUGGAUCUCCGGACAUGGAGCGACGGCCAUGUUUUCCCAGCAGCCACAGGACCUGGUGGUGGUGGCGGGCCAGCCUGUGACGUUACCAUGCACCAUCCCUGGAUACCACGGUGUCGUCCUGUGGAUCAAAGACGGCCUGGCACUCGGAGUGGGUAGAGACCUCUCCGGCUAUCCUCGUUACACAGUGAUUGGCGACCAUGGUUCAGGAGAGCAUCAUCUGCGGAUCCAGCGCGUCGAGCUGAUGGAUGACGCUGUGUUCGAGUGCCAGGCCGUCCAGGCUGCCAUGAGGUCCCGUCCCGCCCGUCUCACUGUGCUGGUUCCCCCAGAGGACCCAGUCAUCGGUGGUGGGCCGGUGGUGAGCCUUAGAGCUGGUGACCCUCUCAAUCUGACCUGCCAUGCUGACAAUGCCAAACCUGCAGCGUCAAUCAUCUGGAUCCGUAAUGGAGAGGUCCUUAACGGGGCAAUGUACUCCAAGGUAAGCAUAGAGACCUUUCUCCGGGACGGCAGGAGGGAAAGCACCGUGAGCACGCUCUACCUAUCGCCUUCAAACAUCGAGACAGGUCAGCAGAUCAUCUGUAAGGCGUCCAACAAGGCAGUCCCCAACGGCAAGGAGACCAGUGUCACGAUUGACAUUCAGCAUCUCCCUCUUGUCAAUCUCUCGGUGGAGCCUCAGCCUGUUCUGGAGGGCAACCUCGUGAAAUUCCACUGCUCCGCAAAGGCCAACCCUCCCGUUACGUUCUACAGGUGGGCCAAAGGAGGAAGUAUAAUCAAGGAAGUCACUGGAGACACAUAUGAGGUCAUUGUGGACCAUUCCUUCUUCACAGAGCCCGUUUCCUGCGAGGUUACCAACCCUCUCGGCAGCACCAACAUCAGCCGCAAUGUUGAUGUUUACUUUGGUCCUCGCAUGGCUGCAGAGCCUCAGUCCUUGCAGGUUGACCUUGGAUCUGAUGCUGUGUUCAACUGCGCCUGGACAGGAAAUCCCUCUCUUACCAUAGUGUGGAUGAAAAGGGGCUCUGGAGUGGUUCUUAGCAAUGAGAACCUCCUGACGCUGAAAUCUGUGAGACAGGAGGACGCUGGGAAAUACGUCUGCCGCGCUGUGGUCCCACGCGUUGGAGCUGGGGAGAAAGAGGUGUCUCUCACUGUCAAUGGGCCGCCUACUAUCUCCAGCACGCAGACUCAGCAGGCUUUGCAUGGAGAAAAAGGACAAAUCAAAUGCUUCAUUCGAAGUACGCCUCCUCCGGACCGCAUCGCCUGGUCAUGGAAGGAGACUGUGUUGGAGUCCGGAACGUCUGGCCGCUACACUGUGGAGACUGUCAACACAGAGGAGGGAGUAAUCUCCACCCUGACCAUGAGUAACAUUGUCCCGGCGGACUUCCAGACCAUCUACAACUGCACCGCGUGGAACAGCUUCGGCUCUGACACCGAGAUCAUACGCCUUAAGGAACAAGGUGGGAGCCAAGAAUCCCUUCCUGUGGCGGUGAUCAUCGGCAUUGCAGUGGGAGCCUUCGUGGCCUUCAUUGUCCUCAUGGGCACCAUUGGAGCAUUCUGCUGCACCCGCUCCCAGAGAAAGGAAGCGCACCUGGUUAUGCCCUCACUGCCCGUCUCCAUCUGUGCUCACCAGAGAGAACUUGCAAGCAAAAUUAAGACAGAAAAUCUGAAGGGAGUGGUGUCGGCCAAGAACGACAUCCGGGUGGAGAUCGUGCACAAAGACCACAACGCGGCACGGGAGAACGAAGAGCACACCUCCAUGAAACAACUGAUGGUGAGUGUUGAACGAGGGGAGUUCCAGCAGGAAUCUGUUCUGAAGCAGCUGGAGGUAUUACAAGAGGAAGAGAAGGAGUAUCAGCACAUUAAGGAUCCUACAAAUGGCUAUUACAGUGUCAAUACCUUCAAAGAGCACCACACACCGACUAUGGCCGGGAAUCAGUCCACUGAGGUGAGGAACCCCACCAACACGGGGACUCUGGGCAAGCAGCGUGUACCGACGGGCAUGUCCUUCACCAACAUCUACUCCACUCUGGGAGCAGGUCCCAACCGCCUGUACGACUACAGCCAGCGCUUCGUGCUGGGCAUGGGCAGCAGCUCCAUUGAGCUGUGCGAGCGGGAGUUCCAGCGCGGCUCGCUCAGCGACUCCAGCUCUUUUAUCGACACGCAGUGUGACAGCAGCGUCAGCAGCUACAGUAAGCCGGACGGCUACGUGCAGUUCGACAAAGACAGCAAGGUGUCGGCCUCCUCCUCCUCCCACUACUCCCAGUCCUCCUCGCAAAACUCAGACCUCACCCGGCCCCUCCAGAAGCGCAUGCAGACCCACGUCUGACCUCUAGGGAAGGAGGGUGUUUGGGUGUAACAGGCAGCCAGGAUUGUAAAACUGUGAUAUAGUCAGCUUCGAGGAGCCCCUACAGUACUGUGUUAUUAGGUGUUUUAUUUUCUGACGGAUGCCUGAAGAGAAGGGGGCUUCAAUGCAGCCUGCUUAGACUUCUCAAUGGCCCAAAAAGUGGAUCAAGAAGCCUUAUAAUUCCCUCAUGCUUAACCCAUCGAUUCCCUCUUUGUGUUAGCCCAUAACCCAACGGUGUGCCAACACUCUCUACACAAGUUUGGAAUUUGAAUUUUUCAACACAGUGAGAUCGUUAGCAGAUCACAGGGCAGGAAUACAAGGCCUCGUGUGACAAUCAGCUCCCCUGACAUGGACUAAUUGUGCUUUUUAAAGACUGCCAUUGAGAAAAACUGAGACUGUUGUGAAGUGUGGAAGCAGUCAGCACAAACUGUCGGAUAAUAAGUGUGAGCCGAUGUCCUGCUGCUCUCUCGUAGCACAAAAUAAAAAAUGAAUGUGCACGCGGUUUUUAAGUUGCUGAAGUGAUAACUCCCCCAGCCCACUCCCACCUUCACUUCAAACACUUGUACGUUAAGCUCGCCUUGUUCAAACUCGUCCCCUGUGUAGGUGGAAGAAAACUUUCUCCCAGUGCCCACAGACGACGUCUCGAACGUUGAAAAGAACGUCUGUUUUUCUCUGCUGUAUCUGGGCCACAGAGCUGAGAAGAUAAAGAGGGGCUGCGAUCUUGUUUUAAAUCCCUGAGUCAUUAUUUUACUUUGACGCUCCGCGAUAAAAGAAUAUCAGUGUACAUAUGUGACUGUAAUUUCUUUUCUAGCAUCUAAUUUUUGACUCUGAUUUCCCUCAUGGAUGACUCCAAAUGAGACGUUAGCGCCUCUUCUCGUCCAUAUCUACUUUGCCUUGAGGGUCUGUUUGAACUGGGUCAAUAUACAAACUUUGACUAAGCGAGAUAGACACUCACUAUCAGCUCUUCUGGUGGAGCUGCAUUCAUCACCGCGUUAUCAGAUCCUGCUCUGAGGCAUGCAGCGGGAAAGCCCACAAACCACAACACGUGUGUUGUGAGUUCCUCCUCCUAACACCACAGACCAUUGACCGUAUUCUUGAGGGUACCUGCUGACUGAAAUGUAAACAUUAUAUUUUAGCUUCUCAUUGUGCGGUUAUCCCAUUGCUGUUGUCAAUAUCACUGUUUACGCUGAAGCUUAGUGCAUCCUGACUGUGUACCUACUUGUGGUCGUACUGGACAUCAAGGGACAAGCAAAUUUAGAAAAUGUGUUUUACUUUGCUGUUUGCUAUUCAUUUUUUUCUCCCUUUGCUACUGUGGAGCUGAUGGUGGCGAGCUAAUGCUUAUGAAGUGCACUGUUUUGUUUCGUUCUCCACUGUAUGUGACAUUGGCACGAAAUUGGACUUAUUUUUUAAUCACUGACACUGUUUUAGUUGAGAGGAGAGACUAGAGAGUAGUUUAUUAACUCACAGCUACGCACUCCUACUUUACAAAGCGAACCUGUCGUUGAGAGCAUCGCAGUCAUGUCCCGUGCAUGCACUUGUGACAGAAAGCAAGGCGAUGACCAGAGAGUUUUGCUAUUUUGCAGUACAGAACAUUGGGAACUGAAUGAAAGUUUGUCGCAUAGCAGAUGCUACUGUUUAAUACAACUAGGGAGCAAUACUUUAUCUCUUAAGCCCAAUGCUACCACACACCUGGAUGCUACCACACAUUAUCGACGACCUUAAGCUGCAUUAAAGCAAGCUUUUACUGAUAAGGGCAACCGUUCAUAGCUGACGUAGAUAGGUAGGUAGUAACUUCCGUAAAACAGCUGCAGCUCUGUCGUUUGUGCACAAGUCACGUUUGAUUUUUGCCAUCAAAACCCUCAUGUGUCUGCUGCCUUAAAGGUCUCUCCCAGCCAUUUGACCAGUUCUUUCGAACAUGAAGAUGAGAAUCUGAAAAAUAAGAGCAAUUUGUCAUAAAUUAAGAUUUAAAAACAGAGGCCCAAAAUAUCAGUACCACCUCCUAUUAAACUGUUUAAACGGUUCCAAAAUAUUGAAUCAAGUAGUUCCUUAGUAUGCUUUGCGGCAGUCAAUUAGGAUGAUCCUGUAACUAAUAAAUCUGCCUCUCAACCCAAGUAUUUUUCACAAAAGCAAGUUGUUGUUGUUGUAAGCACUUUAAAUAUAAUUAUUCUCAAGGCAUUUGAAUGGGGUGUUCCACUUGAGUGACAGUGGUUUGGACUGUAAUUUUACAAAUGGUUUGGUGCCCAUUGUACAGCUUAAGACAAAAAGCUCUGUUUUAAUGCUGAUAAUCCAGCUUGGCACUUAGCAGACUGUAUAUAAAUCUCUAAUGCUGUCUUUCUCCGCGCUGUAUAUAAUUUUUUCCUGGCUUUUCUUUCUUUCUCAUUCGGAUUUCGCGAUAUUAGCACUGGACAAAUCCCCAUGGCAUCAAAACUAUACAUGCAGACAAACGUUUUUUUUUUGUUUGUUUGUUUUUUUGUUGUGUUUUCUUUGUUUAAUGAAUUUUGCUUGUUUCUCUCAAAUUGCAUGAAAGGCUUGGGUUAGCAGUUUUCGCUUGCCCAAGAUCUGACAGGGAAAACUGACACUGUACACCGAGCACACGUGGGGCUAUAGGAUGAGAAGCUAAAUCUAGCCGCGACAACUUUUAAGUGAGGAGCAGUAAGAGGUUAUUAUAUUUUCAGUCCCUCCGAGAGAUGCCCAGAUGCCCAGCAAUAUAUUGCAUUUGGCACCAUGAUGACUGUCAAGGAUGUCUGUGCCGUUUUUUUUAUUAUUUCCCCUAGCAUUUAUGAGUGGAGGAUUACAUUUUUUUUCUUGGUAUCAGCAGCAUUCAAUUAUAGUGUGGUCAAUUUUGCAAGGGGCAGUUUUCAUUUAUAUCAUUUGCAUAUUAUUUUACAUUCGUGAACUCCGCCAUCCGAAACCUUCCAUCACGCAGACUUUCCGGUUGUCUCUGCUCAAAAUCAGCACAUAUUUGCUGUGCCAUCCAAAGCGUCCAGUUUUCUCAGUCUGGUGCAGCUCCUGCAUUGAUCCAAACAUAAUGCAUUUUCCCACUCCAGAGAAUCUGCACACUGCACAGCAAACAGAUAAAUAUUUGAUAGGCCAGCCUUCUGUCCCAACCCCCCCCUCCCCAAUGGCAACAGCUACAGCAGGCAUGAGAAUACUACAGGACCUGAGUGCCAUGUCUGUCUUUGGGAAUCAAAGCCCAUGUGAGGACAAAGUCGGCCCUGUCUCACCUGUGGACGCCUCGCCGGCUGGUGCUGGCGCCGCCUGUUUGCCUGGCUAGGAGCAGUGCACAGAUGCCAGGGUAUAACAGAUGAAUAAACACAAAGACCCGGAACAAUUACAAGGGGUUGCUGCCCUUUCCUGAUAAAACAGAGCAACCCUUUCAGAGCAGAGGAUGAAGAGUAGUUUGUUAUUCCGAGAUGCAGAUGAAGACUAACCUGCAAUACACAGGAUAACGACAUUUCCAAGGUUGAGAGACAGAUGAGGCUGGAAUUGUCAUGACCUUGCCAUGAAGGUUUUAUUUGGUCCGAGUAAACUGAAAAAAUAAGAAAAAAAAAGAAAGGGUUGCUGAACCUUAGUGAAGUCAGUCCUGCAAAUGGAGGCUUAGAUGAGGUUAUGUGAAGCCUCCCUUUGUGUAUGAUAAGUGUUGCUGAUGGCACACAUUAAAGAAGGUGUCAUGAAACACUGAAUUGAUCAUUCUAAGCCUUUCUGAACUGUGUAAAUGCUUUCUCUCACCACAUUUCUCUCUCUCUCUCACACACACACACACACUUUUUUUUCUUUUCUACCAAUCAAUACCUUGUUAGUACUUUAAUAACAUACAAGUCUAAGGCCUGAACUAAACAGUAUUUGCAAAUAAUGCGCAGAGUUUGUGUUUGCCUGAGUAUCACAGAAAGUCAAAUGAGUGCACCUCUCCUCUUCUGUGAUUGGGUGGUAGUUCUUGCACUCCAAACAAUGCAAAGCCGUUGCAGACACUACGGGACGCAGGUCUGAAAAAAGUACUUAACUUAGAUGGUCAUCUCGAGAAUUUGUAUAGAUAGUGAACCAUACCAACAUACAGUAAUUGUAAUAAAAAGACAACAUGUAAAUGCUUUUGGGUAAACCACUAUUUUCAGGAAGUGGCCCUCUGUAUCUAUGAAAAAAAAAAUGAAAAAAGGAUGUAUUUUAACUGUACUGGUCUGUGAAUCUAUGAUGCUUUUGCUCUGUAUAUUUGGAGAAUAAAACUGAUGUUUGA